UUGUCAAGGGGGACUCAUUACUCACGACACUUGUCGAGCCCGUUACGUUUCUCUCGGUUUGAUCGCUCCCAUCCCACUUAUCUGUGUUCCCCCCCACCCGCAGGUCAAGCGCUUUUCCGCGCCGGAUUGUAUUGGGGCGGGGGGCUGGCAACUGGAGCGGGGGUUACUCGUGAGAGGAAAAAAGGGCAGACCCCUUAUCAUCAUCAUCACUUCCACUCCCUUCAUCAUUCCCAAACCUCAUCAUCAACGCGACAAGGCGUGUCUGCGGUCACUCGACUCGGCGUUGCGAUAGAAACAUACCGGAACAUCAAGUAGCAGCUGCACACGCCGAAUCAAGCGAACAAAAAUGCAUCUCAUUGACCGCGCGCUGAGCCCGGACGCUGUUUGAUGUAGGCCCGCGGCGCACAAUUUGUUAUUUAUUUUUUUGAUCUGGAAAUUUCUUGACUCUGUUGGGAGAGCGCGAGCGAGCAGUGCGGCCUAGCAUCCGCUGCAUCCGGCUGAAUGAACGAUGCGGACUUUACCAGCGCCCUGAUUCACCGCCACAAUUCACACGGAUGACCGUUUCACCACAUCGGACCAGCGUCUCUUUUCUGCGAUCUGCGAGUUUUCAUGGGAUUUACGGGGAUAACUCGUAGUGGAGAUACAAUGUGGAAGUGGAGACGGCUGAUGCGGUUGUCCAACCGCUCCUUAAUGGCCUUUAUCUUUUUCUUUUCCAUGUCCACGACCUGCCUGUACUUCAUCUAUGUGGCUCCUGGAAUAGUCAACACGUAUUUCUUCAUGGUACAAGCUCAGGGUAUCAUGUUACGAGACAAUGUAUGGACAAUUGGCCACAUGAUCAGGCUAUACACCAAUAAGAACAGUACUCUGAAUGGGACAGAUUAUCCAGAUGGGAAUAACUCAAGUGAAUUUAUUGCUCAGCCAACCACAUACCUACCUGAAAACUUCACCUUUGCUCAGAACCUUCCCUGCCCUGAGCGGUUACCUUCUAUGAAGGGUCAGAUGGACGUCAACAUGACAGAGGUUCCUAUAGACGUGACUGAACUGAGGCUUAAACACCUGGACAUUCAAUUUGGAGGCCACUGGAUGCCCAAAGAUUGCAAACCACGCUGGAAGGUGGCCAUAUUAAUUCCAUUUAGGAAUCGCCAUGAACAUCUUCCCAUUCUCUUUCAGCACCUCGCUCCUAUGCUCCAACGCCAACAUUUGCAGUUUGCCUUCUAUGUCAUAGAACAGACAGGUACUCAGCCGUUCAACCGUGCCAUGCUGUUUAAUGUGGGCUUUAAAGAGGCCAUGAAAGACCUAGACUGGGACUGUAUGGUGUUUCACGACGUUGAUCACAUUCCGGAAAAUGACCGUAAUUACUACGGUUGUGGUCAGAUGCCUCGGCACUUCGCCGCGAAGCUCGACAAGUACAUGUACAUUCUUCCCUACAAUGAGUUCUUCGGUGGAGUAAGUGGACUUACUGUCGAACAAUUCCACAAGAUCAAUGGCUUUCCCAAUGCGUUCUGGGGCUGGGGCGGAGAGGACGAUGACCUUUGGAACAGGGUUCAUUAUGCAGGUUUCAAUGUGACUAGGCCAGAGGGAGAAAUUGGCAAAUACAAAUCAAUCUCCCAUCACCACAGAGGAGAGGUCCAGUUCCUGGGGAGGUACAAGUUGCUGAGGUACUCAAAAGAGAGGCAGCAUCUGGACGGCUUGAACAAUCUUCAUUACUCUCCAGAAAUCUCUCUGAGCAGCUUGUAUAAAAACAUCACCGUGAAUCUUAGUCCCGAGCUCGCCCCUAUAACAGAGUACUGACAGGCUCCGCCCACCUGAGGAACACGUGAUGUAUCGAUGCCAAAUGCCCUUAAAAACAGGAGUGAGGGCUGCAAAGGCUUGUCUUAUGCACAGUUGUGUGUGUGUGUGUGUGUGUGUGUGCGUUCGUCCGUUCGUGUGUUCGUUCAAUGGAUCAUAUCUGUGAAGGUGUGUAGCGUGACUGCCUACGUUUAACUGCAUGUUUCUGUGUCCAUGAUGGCUUUAGCGAAUCAGAUCACAACACAUUUAAAAAAAAAAGGUGGGGUGUGCCAGCAUCAUCAAAUCAGAUGUUUACGGCAAGGCCUUAAUUAAAUGUUAGAGGCUAUCAGACUCUGUAAAUCCACUCAUCUGUGCUUACAUAGUCGAAAGUUUGGUUUUACAUUACAACAGCACUCUUGAUGCCAAUAGACAUUUUUUUUUUCCAUGUUGUAUAUGUUUGUUUCAUGUUUCUGUUUGUAUAUUUUUUAUACAUAUCUUUUUUUUUUUUUUAAGACAAAGUUUGUUCAGAAUUCAAUGCAGUUUAAAUGGAUGUAUUUUAAAUCUUAAAUUCAGCUUUAGUAACACGUUCUUGUCUUGUAUUGAGAGAUACAUUUCACUCCAGUGGUGUGUUAUGGAUUUAUUUAUUUCAAUCCCAUGGCCAUACAGAAGGCUGUAACAAGUGCAUGCAAGACCCAGACUCCCCUAUAAAUAACUGGCUUUUUAAAAAGUGCUUGAGCUUUGUCCCCUAAAAACGCCUUUGAUUCCAAUGGAAGCACUCUUCCUUUUGGCAGCUAUUUUGACCUGUUAAUUUAUUUUUUUUAUUAUAAUUUUUUUAUCUUUAAGGGUGUGGGAUAUAUUUUGAUUGAUGGUCACAAUAUCAGCAUGACCGUUAGAAUGCAGAAAAGCAAUUUAGAGACAUACAGAUAUCAGUACCAGAUGCCUUCAUUUAUUUUGGUUAUAUUUUUUUUAUUUAUUUUUUGUCUUUAAAAUAACUUUUUUUUUUUUUUUAGUGAUGUUGAAAAAGAAAAAAAAAAUGGUCUUUAUUUACUCUGCUGAUCCAAACUCCUAUGACUUUCUUAUGUUGAACACAUGAUGUAUAUUGAAGUAUGUUCAGUUUUCUUCCUUACACCGUUCACUUUAAAAACUCUAAAGCUUAAAAAAACACACACACACACACGUGUAAUUAAAGUAGUUUAUGCAGUUAUAUCAUAUUUAAAUUCUUCUGAAAACCUACGAUCACUUUGUAAGAUUAACAUUGCAAAUUUUUUUUGUCAUUAAUAAACUCACAUAAUUGGUUCUUUUGUCAUGACAUGAUGCUGGUCAAUAGACGUUCAAGAACCAAUGAUGUUUGAUGUUAUUGAUAUGUGACCAUGUUGGAUUUGAGCUCGGUUCAUACUAAGUGAUCGUAUGUCUUCAUAAGACUUGGAAUAUUACACAUGAGUCUCAUGGAAUACUUUUGACAAUUUGGGGAGUUUUUUUUCUUUUUUUUCUUUCAACUUUAAAGUGAGUCACUAUCGACUGCCAUAAUAUUGAAUAAGGGACAUCCUUAAAAAUAGCUACUUUUGUUUUCCACAGAAGAAAGUCGUACUGUUUUGAUCAACAUGAGGGGUGAGUAAAUGAGGACACUUUUUUUUUUCUGGGCGAAUUAGAAUUUCAUUGACCUAAUCAUUAUACGACUGAAACGAGGGGUUUACGAGGGUUUAUCUCCCAUGUCGUUCGCAGAAAGACCUGAUGAUCAGUCGGGUUCACAGCUGCUAAAGCCAAAAAGCCCACUGCAGGGUUUGGCGUGUCUAAACCUGUGUGUUUUUGUCUGUCUGUGUAUAUAGCUCUCAGUGUGAAGUACUGGGUGAUAUUACGCUCUGAUCAGUCCGUGAGUUGGGCCAAGAUGAGAGAGCGAUGAGUGCGUUGCUCUUGAAUGGCAUUUGAAGUACACUUGGGCCAUGACGACUUUAUGCUGUUAAAGUUUUGAGCAUCACAAGCUGUUGGAAAAUGACACGUAGACUGUCUUUUUGUUGUUACAUGUUUGCCUUUGUAUAUCAUUUAAAAAAUGUUUUGUUGUUUUUGAUGUACCAUAAAUUGCUUUAAUUUUGUCGAUGAUAAGUUAUUUAUAAAUGUCCUUAAAAACUGCUGUUUCAUAUCCUUGUCAUAUUGUGUGUGUGUGUGUGUGUGUGUGUGUGUUUGAUUGUUUCAGGCCACUCAGAGAAUAACGUCAGCUACAUGGUUCGCGACACUAAUUGGUCUCUUAACAAUUGAAGUUGAGACGCAGUCACAGCUUCAAAUCCUAGCUAGCAAGAUCUGUGAAAAAUGCUUUAAUUCGCCUGUUUCAAAGGUUCUUGUAGGGUUUUCUCUUUCUCUGCAUGUCUUUGAGGCGUAGUUGAGCCAUGGCUUCUCUGAUGUUACCUGCUAAAUCUUUCUACUGAGUGGAUGCUCUCUUAGGCCCUAAUGCACACUCUUGAUAACUUUCUUAGUCCAGUCCUGUAUGUACUCUUCCUCCUGUGCCCAGUCUGUUGUUAACUGUCACUUAUUAAACUGGCAGACUAAAGCCUGGGUCAAAAUGGGCCUGGUUACUAUGGUUACAGAAAUCUAUUUGACCAACCCUGAUGUUGAAGUAACUAAAGGGGGAACAAAAGAUAAAUGAUUAAAUGGAGGUUACUGGUGCCAAAGUCUGCUUUUCUUUCACCUCUUGUUCUACAUAAAAGCUUUGACCUUUCUUCCUAAGCGUUGCAGGGGGAAGUUUAGCUUUUUACAACAUCAGCUGAAAUCUCAAACUUUCUGUCCAGCCACACUGAGUAUGCGAACAGGGUUUUGGUAUGUGUGAAGUGAGUUUGUGUAUAUAUUGAAAGUGUAUUGAUCCCGUUCAUAUGUGGUCUUGUGUGAAAGGAUAGCUGGAACACAGCGGGAAAAGACCUCGCUUCGCUUUUCCGCUACACAUUGCUCACAAAUGUGCAUAAGCAAAGUAUGUUAUAUAGGUGCAAGAUUUUAUAGCUUAUAGUUUGCCGCCAAAGAUAGGAUGUUGACACUGAGCUAUUGAAUUACGCCAUGUGUUUGUGUUAAAGCAAUGGAUGAGAUCCAUUUAUAACCACUUAUGCUUGCUGUUUAAUGUAGAAAUAGAGGUAUUUUGGACCAGGUACAGACUUUCAAAGCGGGGAAAUGCAGUUCUUUACACAAGCUGAUUAUUAGUUUCCAGUAUGCUCAAGUAAAAAAGUACCAUUGCACCGUGCACUAAUACUGUACUGAAAUAGUUUUCUUACGCCCCAAUAGAGAGCUUUAGUUCACCCAAAAAUGAAAAUGUUCUUCAAUGGAACAAAAAAGAUAUUGGGCAGAAUGUUAGGAACUGACCGGCACAGUCCCCAUUUACUUUAAUUGAAUGGGAAGAAGAGCUGUAUACAUUUUAUUUUUUUAAUAACUGAUCAUCUUUGGUUUCAUGAAAGGGUUUUGAACGGUAUGAGAGUAAUUGACAGAAUCUUAAUUUUUGGGCAACUAUCGCUUUAAUCAUUAGCUUUUUGCGCAUUCAAAAAAUGUUGCGACUUUUUUUGUUGGGUUGCACAGAAGUGGACUAAAAGUUACACGAAUUGUGCUUAAACUGAGGUGGGUUGCAAUAUAUGAAUACUGAAUGUCACAUUGAUUCUUCUGCAGGUGUCUUCUGCAGGUCAGCCCAUUCCCCAGAUUUUAAAGAAUUGGCUGAUGCCAAAUGUGUUUCCUGUGUAAAUUCAUCAGUGAGACUGCUCUGGUGUGAUUGUUAAUGUUUUGAUCUGGUGGUUAGUUGUAGCUUUGAGGAAGCUCUUGUUUAAUGCUGUUGUCUGUCUGCUGGUUUGAGAUGAGUCAUCUCAUUUCAGUUCCCACCCCUAACUUAACAUCUCAUAUCUGCCCCAUCCUGUCCAGCUGUCUUUUUAAAAGAUAUAAAAUAUAAAAGAGGAUAUAUUAUUCAUAAUUACAAAUCUGUAAUGUAGAGUGUUACAUUUUUGCAGUAUUCAUAUUUGUGCCUUGAGUUUUUUUUUUUUUUUUUUGAACCCUUUCAUUUUCACAUUGUUGAGAUGUGCAGUGGGGUGCGCUUGGAUGAUGUUUCAAAAUAAAAUGGGUGCACAUUUACAUUUUCUUUUACUUUUUAUUUAGAGUUUUUAAUUUGAAUCUGGAGCUAUGUCCAUCAACCUGAAAUGUCUCAUUGAUUUGAAACUGAAAAAUAUGAGGACCUUCUCUGUUUGCGUUUCUCUGUUCCUGAGGAUCCACUUUAACUGUAGUGUAUGUGUAAGAAGCAGAAUCUCUUGAUGGCGUCUGCUUUGACUGACAUGUACAAUCCUGGUUCCAGAUUUCCUUUUCUUUUGUUGUACUGGUCCAUUCACUGUGUGACGCUCUGUAAUGAUCAUUAAAAGACUUUAUAGUUGAAAACUUGAACUGAGUCUGAUCUUUUUUUAAUUGGAAUGGCUGGAGUGAGUG